AAGUAAGGUUGUACUUAUUUUGCUCCGCUAGUAGUAGUAGUAGUCGGUCGCGACAUAGUUUCUUUUUGCUUACGUUUCGAUAGACAUUUGUGUGGUUUGUGUUGUUAUUAUUUGAAUUGUAUGCAAUUUACACUGUGGUUUUAUCAAGAAGCGUACUUUUACGCUGUUAGUAAGAAGUGCAUCAAUAAGCUUAUAGUGGCGGUGAUACUGAUCGUGAUUUGAUGUCGACUAACCCGAUUGUGUACGCGAGUGAUGGCAAACUCCACGCGCAGUCUUCCGAAGAGCGCUACGUGGUAAAGCAUAUUUUGGUGUAGUGUCCCCUUACCCCACCCAGGUCCACCGUGAUACACUAUAUGUCACGUGGAGCGAUAAGAUAGCAUUCCUUUUUUAAAGCCGGUGGGAGGGCUAUGUAUGUGUGAUUGAUGAAAGUACAUAAGUGAAACCAGGAAUGUUGUGAUGCGUUGGUGCCUUUAUAGUAUGCAGCAAUUAUCACGUGUAGUGGCAGUGAAGCAGAAGGUUUUAGAUUGCUUAACAGUACAUUAUUCGAAAUUUAUAGCAUGUAAUAAAAAUAUUUAAUUGCUACCCCGCAGAGUGCGCAUGUUUUUGAGCUACCAUCAUCUCAGUGAUUCCCUGUGAAGAACUCGAGUGAUGCUAAUACUACGGCAGAUCUUAAGAUGUGCAAAAAGUUAUAAAAAUAGCAAACCAAAAUAUUGUUGCAUCGAGCCGGUGAUCGAACGGCAUUAUUCGCCAAUUUGUGGACGACUGUAAAACAACGAAGAAGCGAUGGCGAAGAACAACUGUUCCUGGAUGCCGCUUCUAGCUACGGCAAUGGUGAUGUCUAUUUCCUCAAUAUUAUGCUUCAACUUUGAAACACGUCUUCCCAUCGUCAAAUAUGGAGCUACAAACACCUACUUUGGAUAUUCGGUGGCUUCGCAUACAGAAAAACUACGAAAUGGAGACAAAAAGAGCUGGAUCCUUGUCGGUGCCCCACUCGGUCAAAACCUGCAACCAUUAACAAAUCGAUCAGGAGCACUGUUUAAGUGCCCAGUAACACAAAUGAGCAACGAUUGUGAACAGGUUGAAACUGAUGGCCGAAGAAAACCUUCUGGUGUUUAUGAAACUGAUGAUGAGGACGAUAAUGGUGGUGAAUUGGGACCUCCAGGUGAUGACGAAAUCAAGAGCAAUCAAUGGCUGGGUGUCACAGUUCGAUCAGGCGGCAAGGAAAAUAAGAUUUUUGUAUGUGCGCACCGUUAUAUGAAAAUUCAGCGCAAGGCAACGGAGAAUGGAUUGCACAUGGGUCAAGGUCUUUGCUACGUGCUAAACAACGAUUUCUCCUUUGGAUUUGGGGUAGAAGUGUGUUCUGGGCGUUCCAUCGAAAGAGAACACGAGCAGUAUGCCUUUUGUCAGUCCGGUACUUCAGGUAUGCUUUUGGAUGAUGGAACUGCAGUCAUCGGUACACCUGGAGUCAUGACCUGGAAAGGUACAGUGUUCGUAGUUGAAGUAGAAAAAGAAUUUUUGUCAAGAGAUAAAACACAGUACUAUGGACCUCACGACAACAUUGAUUCACCUGUUCCAAACUACGGCUAUUUAGGCAUGGCUGUAACUGGAGGACGGUACUUUGGUGAUUUCAUGUCAUACGCUGGUGGAGCUCCUAGAUCACGAGGAAAUGGGCUUGUCGUAAUUUUUUCCAACAGAGAUAAGAGAAAUCCCAUCUUCAAAGAAAGAGAACUUCGUGGAGAGCAAUUUGGGUCCAGCUUUGGUUAUGAACUGGCCACAGCUGACGUCAAUGGUGAUCAUGCACCUGACUUGUUAGUAGCAGCACCAUUUUACUUUUCCAAAUCUGAAGGCGGAGCCGUGUAUGUAUAUCAGAACGUUAACAAUAAUUUCACUGAUUUUUACACCACCAAACUUACUGGAAAAUUGGAAUCUCGAUUUGGUUUGGCAAUGGCAAAUUUAGGUGACAUCAAUAAGGAUGGUUGCGAAGAUAUUGCUAUCGGGGCUCCCUAUGAGGGUAAAGGAGUAGUGUACAUCUAUCUUGGGACUCCUGAUGGCUUAUCCAAGAAACCAUCACAGAUAAUCACAUCAAGCUCUCUGGGACUUAACGUUCCGGCUCUGAAUACGUUCGGUAGCUCCUUGUCGGGAGGGUUAGAUCUCGAUAAUAACACCUAUCCGGAUCUGGUGAUUGGCGCGUAUGACUCUUCAGCAGUUGUAACACUUUUAGCACGACCUAUUACGAAUAUCAAGACGUAUGUAAUAAGCGAUGAAUUGCAGAACAUCGAUCCAACAAAACAAGGAUGUCCUGCUGAUCCUAGUGCUAAUGCUACCUGCUUUUCAUUCAAUGCCUGCUGUUCAAUAGAGCCAUAUGAAGAGUCAGGUCAUUCCAGUAGCCAAUCACAGCACCUGAAACUUAUCUACACGAUUGAAGCCGAGACAUACAACAAUUUGAAAAAGUUUUCUCGCGUUUACUUUGGACCAGAUACGAAAAAUAGGUCCAAUAUACUUCGAAAGCAAAUUAGUGUGAUUACAGAUGGACGCCAAGAAUGUCGUUUAGAAGUGGUUUACAUUAAGGAUAACACCAGAGAUAUUCAGAAUCCAAUUCGUUUUCGGUUGAAUUAUACGAUUCUCGAUAUGUCACUACCGACAUCUGCUUUAGAUAUGUUAAAUCCAAUUCUCGAUCAAACUCAAGCGGAUAGAACAUUCGAAGCUACGUUCCAGAAGGAUUGCGGAAAUGAUGGGAUUUGUCAAUCGAAGUUCGAUCUAAAAGCUAAGUUAUCCCUGGAACAGCAAGGUGAUAAUUCGUAUUCACUAGUUCUGGGUCGAGAUCGUGGCAUUCUGUUGAAUGUGAGCAUUUCUAAUCUGGCAGAUUCUGCGUACGAAACACAUCUAUUUGUAAAACAUGAUCCCAGCAUUUCAUACAGUGGGACAAAGAGUCUUUACACGUGUGUACAAUUUAAUGCAACUGUAGUCGACUGUUCGCUUGGUAAUCCGAUGCGACGGAACACAGAGGCUAAGCUGUCUCUGCGAUUCGACCCACAACGAGUAGACGACCUGGUGUCACAGCUAUCGUUUCAAGUAUUUGUAAAUACCACAUCGACGAUACUCGCGGGCUCUCGAAGCAACGCGGCACUAACGGCGAACGUGAUCAAACGAGCUAAGAUCAGCAUAUCUGGACGCGCCCAUCCAGAGCAGACCUUCUAUGGAGGUGACGUCAAAGGCGAAAGUGCGAUGGAAACCGUAGAGGAUAUCGGCACGGCUGUCCAACACGUAUAUGUGAUCUACAACGAUGGUCCAUGGCGUGCUCCGAAAGUUCAAGUCACCGUACAGUGGCCUCAUCAGGUUGCAAACGAUAAACCUCAAGGCAAAUGGCUUCUUUAUCUCACGGACACACCCUCUGUUGACGCUACGAACGGAGGUGAUUGCGUAGUCGAACCUCAUACAGCUAUAAAUCCUUUAGGAUUAAAAAAGACUUCUGUCAUGAAUGAGCUGGUACAAAUGGACCGUUACACUCAGCGCGCCUACAACAAAUCGCUUACUUUUUCAGCAGCAAAAUCGGAACGAACAUCCUUCUCGAAACAAGCCACAAUUUCGUCUUCAGAAAGUACUCUUAACAGAGUGAAACGGGAUCGAACGAUGAUCAUCCGAGCAGAGCGGCUCACCGAUAAAGAUGGCAAGCAGACUGAUAUUGUGAAUAUGGACUGCAAACGAAACACUGCCAAGUGUGUCACAAUCGUUUGUAACAUUUACGAUGUGCAACCAAAAGCGCAAGUACUUAUCAAUGUAACAGCUAGACUUUGGAAUUCUACACUCGUCUCGGAUUAUCCCAAAGUGGAUCUGGUAAAAAUAGCUUCAGUAGCGAGGAUUAAAGUCUUUGAGGUGCAACAGGUUCACCAUUCGGAUUCAGUUACGGUGGAAACUUUAGCAUAUCCGGAGCUGCAAGAUCACGCUGGAGAUGGAUCCAUUCCUAUUUGGAUCAUCGUGCUAGCCAUACUAUUUGGUUUGCUGGCAUUGGCUCUACUGAUAUACAUUCUCAAACGAUGUGGCUUCUUCAAACGACGGAGACCAGAUCCAACGUUAAGCGGCAAUUUGGAAAAAAGCAGCGAAAGCAAGCCAUUUAUUCCCUAGGAACAACACGAGUCUACACGAAAGUAUAAAGUGAGCAAAGUCUACUUAAAAAGUGAUACGCACUAUGUUAGAGUAAUAGAAAACAAUAUGUAAAUUCGCCACCCUCCAUUAGAGUAUGACAAUAUUCCAUCUGGCGCUGAAACAGCACCUGGGAACAAUCGUGAAAUUCUACGGCAUUUUGAAUACGAUCAUUUCAUAGAACAAGCAAAAAACUUGACUUACCAGCCGCUGCGUUGAGUAUAAGAGUUUACAUCAAAUUCCACAAACAAAAAACGUCGAAUAACGCUGCUAACAAUCUAAAGACUGAAAUCCUUUUUCUACAACAGGGUAACUGAGAGUUGGUACGAUUGCCAAAUGAGUAGAAAAUUGUACUCGCUUUUGUGUUACUGAAAGCGUAGACAGCAAGCACAAUACAAUUAAUUGUAAAACAUCUGAGUCAUUUAUCACGUCAUAGAUUUAGUAUAACAAAUUAAACUAUUCGACAAGUGGCGUGAACUAUUUUCGAAAAUCGCGUUCGAUAGUUCCAUGUGUAUAGUUUCACUUAUGUUUAUGUUAUCCUGCCUGAUUGAAUAUUUACUUUUAGAAAGUAAGCAGUUCGACAUUUUUGGUCUAAAAGUUUCAGGCAGAUUUUUCGAAAAAUAAAUAAGACAAAAUGUAAUUAAAAAAGGGUCAUAUAAUGUUGUGCAUUUGGUAGCAGUCGAAUAAUCGCUUUAGAUACAAGUAAAAUUGAGAAAGAAGACGAAUCAUCUUGCCUAUUCGAAAGUGCCAUUAUACUAGCAAUAUCCAGUUCAAGUUGCGUUCAAUUUUGACUGAUGGUGUUAAGCACAUAGAAUUAACACUGUCCCAACAAGUCUUCUACAUUUUUGUUAAUAAUAAUAAUGUUAGGCAUAAUUAAAAAGAUCAACCAGUAUCAGUGCAGGAAUCAGUAAGCAUAGAUUGUUAACUUCUAGAAAAAUAACUUAAAUCGAAUUUAAAACUGUUGUACAUUUUUAGCUGUUGUAAUUCAAAUCCUUUUUCUUAUAAUUUAAAGUUUCGCAACGGACUUCCGAUUUCGAAUCUGAUAGACUAAGUCGCCGGUCAAAGUUUGUAGGACAUAAUUCACAUUUGCUCUGCGUUUUCUACCCGUUUACUAGAAAUAUUUUAUAAUACAUAUAGCUUAUAUUGUAUUUUAGGUAAUAAAAC